AUGUCAUCUACAAAAGAAACUACUCAUGAACCUAUACCUGAUGAAACUGAAACCCAAGACAUUCCAGAAUACGAUGAUACAACAACAGCGAUAGUUGAUUUCCCCACUUCAUUCAAUUUUCUAGAUACAAAUGAUAGUCCUGAUAUUCGUAAUACCAAAUACAAGUCACCAACGGAUCAUUUGAACUGUCCUAUUUGUCAACAACCAUUUAUUAACCCACUAACAACUAUUUGUGGCCAUACGUAUUGUAAAGAAUGCAUAUAUGAAUGUUUCAAAAUGGCAAAAACAAAUAAUAAUAGUCGAACCGAUGAAUUAACUGGUUAUUGUCCUUUGGAUAGAACUCCUUUAGAUGGAGCCAAUAUCAAUGAUUUAUUUCCAACUCCAUUAAUAAUAACAAACUUGAUAGAUGAACUUAAAGUUUAUUGUGCCAACCAUGAACGAGGUUGUGAUUGGGUGGGGACAAGAUGGGAAUUAGAACAUCAUGUUAAAGAUAUUUGUCAAUAUACUGGGGUGCGAUGUAAUGGUUUAAGAUCAGAUGGAUCAAUUUGUCAACUUAUUAUUGAACGAAGAUUUGAAGAUAAAGAAUCGUCUAAAUGUGUUCAUUUAAAAUUUGAAUGUGAAUUUUGUAAAACCAAAAUCACGAAAAUAACUGAAACGAAACAUCUUGAACAAGAAUGUUUAUUUAAUUACAAAACUUGUGAAUUAUGUGAUAAUGAUAUGAUACCAGAGAAAAAUAUGGCACGACACCAAGAGAAUUGUCGAAAAAUAGGUAGAUUCAUAUGUCCAGCUCAUGAAAUUGGAUGCAAAUGGAUUGGAACAAAUGAAACUUCAUUGGAACUUCAUAUAGAAAAUAAUUGUCAACUAUAUCAUUUCUUACCCACUUUUACUACAAUGAAAGAUAAAAUGGAUUCAUUAGUUUUGGAAAAUGAAACAUUACAAAAGCAAAUAAAUAAGAUGUUAGAUUCAAUAAUUCAAGGAAAAAUCACCAAUUUAGGAUAUAGUGAAUCAAUUGAAGAAAUCAAUAAAUUUGAAUCAAUAGAGGAUCAAGAUAAAUUAGUGUAUUUAAAUUUUGAAAUUGAUCGAUUGAAAUAUGAAAUAAAUGAAAGAAUAAUCCCAUUUAUGAAUAAAUCAACCGUUAAUGAACGAGAAAAUAUGAUGAAUAAUUUGAUCAAUGAUAAUUUUAUGAUAAGAGAGGAUAUGAAUGUACAACGAAUGAUGAUUAAUAGUUUAAGGAAACAAUUGCAAUUUUUGUUGUUUUCCAAGAAUAGAAAUACCACUCUAAGUGGUGGUGUUGGUGGUGCCAAUAAUAUGUUUCCAUCUAUGUUUCCUACUGAAGAACUGGGAUUAGGUGAGAUAUAUGAAACAGUUUCUCGAAGUAAUUCUGAAGAAAGAUUGAAUUUGAAAUUAUAA